GACAGAGCCGUGCACGAGGCAGAUCUCCAGCGGGGAGCUGGAGGGAGGCAGGGAUCGAGCACUUGCUGGGGUCGCUCUGCAGUUUAAUUCCAGCAUGCAGCGAUCUGGGACCCACUGAGAGCAGCAAAUCACAGAGCCUGUGAGUCCUCCCUGGAGCCGCGGAGCGGGAGGAUGUGGGUGCCAGGAGCCAGCCAGAUGCCCCCUUCCACCAAGCUCUGCAUUGAAAUCAUCCUCGCACUGCUCUGCCAGGGUCGGCUCUGCCAGGCGCCCGUCUAUCGGAUCCAGGUCCCGUCCAACGUCACGGCCCAGCAGGGUCUCUGCGUCCUGCUCCCCUGUAAAUUCACAGCCAACUUCGACUCCUCUGGGGUCGCCUACAAAUACUGGUUCCUCAGGGAUGAUGACAGGGACACCAGCCUGGCUGUGGCCACCACAGAUCCUGCCAGGGCCCUGCGGGAGUCUGGGGGCCGGAUCACCCUGGUGGGGAAUGCCUCGGACGACUGCUCCCUGCGCAUCAGCGACGUGAGAGCCAGCGACAGGGACCACUACUACUUCCGCUUUGUGAAGGGAGACUUUAAAUACAGCUACCGUGAGACCCAGCCACUGGUGGACGUGACAGAGCUGACGGAGAAGCCGGUGCUGGGGGUCCCUGAGGUGCUGCACUCCGGACAGCUGGUGAAUGUGACCUGCCAGGCUCCAUGGACCUGCUCUGGGACCCCUCCCCAAAUCACCUGGACAGGGGGGUUCGACUACACAGCCAGGAACGUCUCGGUCGCCCUGGCGAAUGGCAGCAUCUCCUAUAGUUCGGAGCUCAGCUUCACGCUGGCCCCGGGGGAUGAUGGCAAAGAGCUCAUCUGCACCGUCACGUACCCCGCCGUGGUUGGGGUCUGCACCCGCAGAUCUGUCCAGCUCCAGGUCCACUCGGGCUUCUCCCGGACACUCGUGGUGGCCUUGGCGGUUGCUGGGAGCCUCGUGCUGGUUGGUGCCGGGGCUGCAGUGGCCUGGAAAGUCGUGAAGGGAAGGCAGGGCAACAGGGGCCCCGCCAGGGCCGGACAAUGCCAAGGGACUGGAGACGGGCAGGUCUGCCACUCCUCCGAGCAGCAAGCAUCUACGGUGCCCUCCCACAGACAGGACGCCACCAGGGAAGGGGGAGCCCUUGAGAAGAAAGGGAGAGGAGGAGGAGGAGGAGGAGGAGGAAGAUGCUACAGGGAGAGAGGCGACGGGGAACAAUUCACAGAGGAACACAUCUACUCCAACAUCUAAAGCCAGAGAGAGGGACAGGGUCAUUGCAGGGAGUGAGCUAAAUAGAGACUGGUGUCAGCGAUGGGAUAGCCAGUCUGCCUUGUGGCUAAGGUGCUAGCCUGGGACGCCAGAUGCCUGGGUCCUAUUCUCAGCUCUGCUAUGGAAUGGCUGUGUGACCCUGGGCAAUUCUCCCCCCCCCCCCGCGUGCCUCAGUUUCUCACCUGUAACAUGGGGAAUAUAUCACUGCAUUUGGCUACUUACACUGUGAGCUUGUUGGAGAUGGUCUCUCGCUGUGUGUGGGCAGCACCUGGCCCCGGGGGGUCCGUGAUCUCAGCUGGGGCAGGGACUCUCUUUGGCUGUGUCUGGGCCACGCCCGCCCACUUCCCCCCCCAUCUCAGCUGGGGCCCACUCUGCUAAUACCCUUGAGAGGCAGCUACUGCUCCAGACAGAGUUAUGCAGAGCAGGUCGGCCUGUGUUAACCCUUUCACUGCUGCAGCUAAAUAAAAGCCAUC